GACCCCGAGAAGCUUGCUCGUGAGAUGCGACUUGGGAGGAGAAAUCUCUUCUCAAAAUUUGGGACGCGGGGUCUCGCCCACUAGGUAGGUGCGACCCCAAUGAGAAACGAAACUUCUCCGGCUCAGUCUUCUUCUUUUAAGAAGUCGAGCUUCAGAUCUCCAAAUGGCAAAUAAUCAGAUCGUCGUCUUUCAGGAUUUUCUUGCAAAAUAGAUUCCGGUGGAAGCAAGUUCCAUUCUGAAAUGACACUUGCCCUAACCAUUCCAUCAUAAAAAGUCUUUUUUCUUCAUUUUUUCGAUGAAAAACCGACUCCGGCGAGUCUUUUGUUUCCAGUAGAGAAUACAAGGUUUUUUGAGUAAACAUAACUAGUUUCAUCUUUUUGAUAAAUUUUAAUGUCUCAGAGCAGCUUCUAAUUUCUGGUUCCGGUUGAAGGGAUCAGAGACGCCGAUAGUUUCAGUUUUUUGGGUUAACUACAAACGUCCGGUUUUGAGUAGGUUUUCAUUUUUUUUGGAUUUAACAAUCUAGUGAAUUAAUAGGUAUAGACUGUUCUUUUCGAGGAAUUCCAGAUUACCAGAAAGAAAUGAACUUGUUGAGAUUGCCAUUUCUUCUUAAAAUUUAUGUGAGGCGUUAUUAUUAUUUCUCAGUCAAACUUAUCUGAGUUUGAUUUUGUUCUUUCCCAAAUAGAAAUCCUGGGUAUUAUUAUCUGAUUGCAGGAAACAAGAUGAGCUUUAAAUGGAGGAACAGGGGUGAUUUGUGCCUAAAACUCUUAUUUUUGUUGCAUUUACCAUUUUGUCAAUUGCGAGGAGCAAAAGGAGGAAUUUGAAACCUCAUGAAUAAGCAGUUUAUGCAAACUGCAAGUAAUUUCUGGGUUUGGGUGGUUUUGUGAGUUCUUAAAAUUUGUUUUCCAUUGCUAUAUUAAUAGCCUAAAAAAUCUCUUUCUUGUGCCAUCUGAGUUUUUCCCUUUCCCCUUUUCUUUUGAGCAGCUGCAAGCUGGCCUCUAGACGUUUAAUUGCUUUUCUUAGUCUGUUAAAGAGGGAAAGGGGUGCGUUUCUCUUGUCUCUUUAGCAAUGGUUUGGCUCCAUUAAUGCAACUUAUGAAAUUGAAGAAUCCUAUAAAAUUUUCUCAACAACCAAACACUAGGAACAUAUUUGAUGGGAUAACUGGUCUCAACAACCAAGCAUAGUGUGGCAAGAAUUAGAAAAUAAAUUUUCCCUUCCCAUCCCAUCCUUUCUUGGCAAUCAAACGGAUCAUAAGAAAAAUAUCCAACCACUUGGGGAGCAUUUGCGGCAGCAAAGUGUCUUCCGGCGAUAGCCAUGGAAACUGUAAGUCCUUCCUUAUCCUCUUGCUUUAUUAUCUUUAUUUAUUUAUUGCUUUGUGUCCAAUUUCCUUUUUGACAGAAACACGAGGAGCACAUUUAACCACCAUUUUGAUCGUUCAUGGUAUUUGACAUAAAUACUGGGUUCUGUACAAGUAGAUUAGAUUCCGGUGCAACAAUGAAGAAAUGUCCCUUGAUCCUCGUUGAACUAGAGUCCUUUAUGUGGAUAACAGUAGUUUCAUACUGAUUCAAAAAAGCCAAACCUGACCUUGCAUAUGGGACGGAACUCUUUUCUUCAACAAAAGAAUUUAUUUGUUUAGUAAGAUGACACGAAAGAGAGACGAACCUCCUGCUGUUCGUGUAUAUACAGUAUGUGAUGAAUCAAGAUAUCUUAUAGUUAGGAAUGUACCAGCACUGGGAUGUGGCAAUGAACUGUUGAAAUUAUUUGGAUCCUAUGGGAAGAUAGAGGAGUUUAAGCCCAUGGAUGGAGAAGACUGUGAGCCAUUUACUGAUGUUUACUGGAUCAAAUUUUUAUUAGUUAGCAAUGCCAGGUUUGCAAAGAAAAAACUGGAUGAGUUUGUUUUCCUAGGAAAUCGACUACAAGUCUCUUAUGCUCCUCAUUUUGAGAGCCUUUCUGACACAAAGGACAAAUUAGAGGGAAGAAUAAAGGAAGUUCUAGCACGACUAAAUUUUGCAGCAGGAAGGUUGAAAGGGUCUUCAUCUCAAACCCCAGGUGCUGUCAAAGAACCUUUAGUCUCUCCAGCUCCAUUACAGGUCAACUACAUUUCUGAAGGGAUUAAUUUUACCCAAAGGGGGAAUGAAGAAAUAGAAGGGACUUCUGAGAUGAAAGACCCUCUCAUCACAAAAGUGUCCUUUAACCAGGAUUAUUUCCCAACUCCUUCAAUGAAUGAGACAGUUCGGCUGGUCAGGGAGAAGCUUGAUAAGAUAAAAUCAAGUGGUGAACGUAUAGAAGCUGAACCUGCAUUGAAGAAAAAACGAGUGGACAAUAGAAGAAGGAUUUGAUGAUUGGUGUCUACAACUGUAGUUGGGAAUUCCCGGGGGAGGCUCUAACCCCUCCACUUGGUGUACUUUUCUGACACUGGUGCUUAGUGCAAAACCCUUCAAUUAUGGUUUUCAGCGACCUACAUAUCAUUUUACGUGGAAAAUAUCCAUUGUGCAGUCUCUUAUUUCUUUUGAAUGAAUGUAUCUGAUGCGUUAUUCAUUGAUUGUAAUAUUUACAUUGAAGUAAAUAAAUGAAUAUCUCCCUUCUGUUUGAUUUUUC